GUUCGAUCAUUGAAAAUCCUCAAAAAAGAUGCCUGAAACCAAUUAACUUUUCAAGGAAGGAUUUUAGAGGAAAACGGAAGAGACACUAAUCCAUGUUUGUGUUGUAGUGGGCGACUGAAUAUGAUACCAAGAACAGCUUGUGACGAAAUGUCCAACUAGGAAAUCUCAUGAGAACUAGUGGAGACUAAUUCAAUGCGGCUGCGUAGUCGAGUGGCACUGUUUCUACCGAGUAAUUGAGAAUGAGAUAUAUAUGCAUUGGUCCUCUACCUCUAGGCGUGCGUUCCUGGUCGUCUCAUUCAUGUCACUUUCCACAUUUGGAUGCCGAUUUGCAAAGGAGGCUACAAUGUUGACCUUCUUUGUAUGUUUGACUAUGCAAUUUUCACAUGUUAUGUUAUUGGUUUGAUGUCCAUAGAGGCUGGAUCACAAAGUCCAGAAUAAAUGGAUGGAGAAAAUGAAUAAUUGGCACAAGUCAGAAGUCUCCCCUUUGAUCACUUCCAUCACGUCUAGAAAGUUGGUUCUAUGUAGGUACGUCCCCACCACUAAUUUCGAGCUCUUAACAGUAGCCCAUCUAUUCCUUCAUAAAUAUUCCACUAUAAAUAACCAACCAACGCUCCACCUUAAUUCAUCUGCAAUAUCCGAUCACCCCUCUUCUUCAUUCUACCCAGCUCUUGGCUACCACACAAAUCAACAUGGGUUCACCUGCUUUCUUUUGUGCAAUACCGAAAAACUUACGGAAGCAGCAGCAGCUUGUCAUUGUGGCAGGAAUAGCUCUGGUGCUAGUCCUAUGUGUAAGUGUAGUUGAGGGUCAAAAUUGUGGUUGUGCUGCGGACCUGUGCUGCAGCCGAUACGGCUACUGUGGCACCGGCGACGACUACUGCGGGACGGGAUGCCAAGCGGGGCCUUGCAAAACGGCGCCUCUACCUCCCAGUACCAGUGAUGUUCCGGUGGCCGACAUCGUGACCCCGACAUUCUUCAACGGGAUAAUUGAUCAAGCGGAAGCAAGCUGUGCCGGAAAGGACUUCUAUUCUCGGGCUACGUUCCUUGAUGCUCUCGAGUUGUUUGAUCAGUUUGGUAAGAUUGGUUCCCUUGAUGAUUCUAAACGGGAGAUCGCCGCCUUCUUUGCCCACGUCACCCAUGAGACUGGACAUUUUUGCUACAUAGAAGAGAUAGACGGAGCAUCAAAAGACUACUGCGACGAGACUAACACGGAAUAUCCAUGCAAUCCGAACAAAGGUUAUUACGGCCGGGGACCCAUCCAACUAUCGUGGAACUUCAAUUACGGUCCGGCCGGAGAAAGUAUUGGGUUCGACGGACUAAAUUCCCCUGAAAGCGUGGCUAAUGACCCACUCAUUGCUUUUCAGACUGCAUUGUGGUUUUGGAUGAAAAAUGUUCGCCCGGUCAUUGUUGAAGGGUUCGGGGAAACUAUCCGAGCCAUUAAUGGUGCGCUUGAAUGCGAUGGUGGAAACCCUACUACUGUACAGAAACGCGUCGACUACUACAUUGAUUAUUGUAACCAACUUGGUGUUGCCCCCGGUGACAACCUUACUUGCUAGCUACUUAAUAUGGUAGUUAGUUUAGUAGUAGCUAGCUAGGGCCAUAUAUAACAUGAAAAAUAAUAAUAAACUGCAUGAAUAAUACAAUCUAAAUUACAAAUA